UUUUUUUUUUUUAUGUAAAUAACACUAAAUUCUCUACAGAAUUCUCCUGUUAUGCAUGUAUAUGCAUUUGUGAAAAAUUAAAUAUUCGUAAUAUUCACUCUUUGUUUAGAUCUCAUUUACUUGUCUCCGAAAGUCACUAUAAUGAGAAAUGACUGUUAAUCAUUAAUCAUUUGUGUUGAAAUUCUUCAAGUGUUUCUUUGGAACAGCUGCUAACUACUAAAUCAUCAGUUAGACAGAUGAACAAAGGCUCUCGCUCUGGAUAAUGUUAAAUCUGUUAAAUGACCACUUACUACUUCUUCAGAUCUGCUGAAAAACAAAGUUUUCCUGGAAAUAAUUCAGAUGAUGCUGUUGUGAUUUCCCACUGAUUUGUUAUCUGAUUUAACUGUAAAUAAAAAUAAAACUGAGGUUAUGAACCUUGCAAAUAUUAAUUAACAUAUAAAUUUGUUCAUCAGUGUCACAUCAGAACCCACAACAAUAUGCGCCUCCAUCAUCAAGAUCCUUAAGAUCUGAUCUAAUACUGCAGUAUCCAUCAAAUGAUUGUUUUUAUGCAUGUGGAGGCAGACUUCACAUGAUCAAACAGCAGCUCUCGUAGAGGAAAUAGACAAGCUAGUUUGGCUCAAUGGAGACGGAUUUUACUCAGUAUUGAGACAAGAGUUAAAAACAGAAGAGAUGAGUGAAGAUGUGCAUGAAGAGAAUCAGAUCUUGUCUGUAAUAUAUGACACUUCAGGAGGAGCAGCUGGAAUCGUAGGAUGGAUUUUCUUUGUUUCAAUUGUUGUUUACAAUGAAGGAAGGGACAAAAUCUUGAGUUUUGUGAUAACAUUUGCAGUACCUGUAUAUUUUAUGGUCCAUCUAAGUUAUUUUCUGAGUCCAGAUGUUGUUAUACCGCUAAAUUUGGCCCUGAUGACAUCACUAGCAAUCGUAUUUACAAUAGGCUCCAAACCAAUCAAUGAACUUACAUAUACAUAUGAUGGUAUUUUUACCAGCUGAGAAAUCACAAACAGCUUAUAAAAUGUGUAAAGGAGUCAAAAGGAAUUUCUCUGUUGCACACAAAUGAAGAUCUGGUGCAAGGAGACGGCGUUUCAGACACCUGUACUGAACUGUAAUGUACUGUCAACACGCUGAAGCUCCUAUGAUGAGAAGAACCAGGUACGCAUUCUGUCCUUUUAGGGUCACAUCUGGUGACAUCAUGUCCUGUUUUUGGUUCAUUUAGAUGUUUUCGAUCCGUGCUGUGUUUCAGUUGAACCGCACCAGAUUUCGUUUGGAAGUAGACCAAGAUCCCCUGAAAAUGUGGGUCUUGUUCCACUUGUUUUGUUGGCACCAGUGUUCACACUUACUCAGAUGAACCGCACUAACAGAGCAAUCGCACUAGAGUUUGUUUUAAACACCUGGCAUGUGUGAACACAACCUUAGUCACAAUCUGGAACAAUAAAAAAACAAAAAACCUGUCAUUCUGGUUUAGUAACUGAUGAAACAUCUUGACCCAGCUUGUCGAGCAUAGUUGUCUUAGCAAAGCAGGAGACGGGACCGAACUACAUUUAUAGUGUUUCUAAAGACUGUUGUAUGAUGAAAUUAACCAAGACAAAACCCAAGUUGCUUUUUACACUGAUUCUGGCAUUUCACCUCAUGACUGUACAAGCUGAAGCUUCUCAUGAUGAUGACGUGAGAAUCCUGAUUGUGGGAAUCCGAGGUGACUCCAGAUUCAGCGCUGCAGAUAUUCUGUCAGGAAGGACAGACGGUGGACAGGAGGACAGAGAGAUUGUAAAGACUCCAGUAAUUACAGACGAGGGUCGUAGAAUGAUGCUGGUCACUGGACCAAACCUCUGUGAGGAGGACACAGCGAGACAGAGCUUCACAACAGCGCUGUUCCUCUCGUCUCCUGGACCUCACGCCGUUUUAAUGGUCCUGAAUCUGGAAGAUGAAGAAUCAGAACAGUGUGAUGUUGUGAAACGAGCCCAGGAGCUGCUGGGAGCAGAAGUUCUGCAGUACUGCAUUGUUCUUCUGCACCAGGAACGUUUCACAGGAGCGUCCAGAGGGAUCGCUGGAGAAAUGAUCGACGCAUGUGGAGGCAGAUUUCACAUGAUAAGAGACUCUAAACCUGAUCAAACAGCAGCUCUCGUAGCGGAAAUAGACAAGUUGGUUCGUCUCAAUGGAAACAGAAGUUAAAAGUUAAAAACAGAAGAGAUGAGUGAAGAUGUGCAUGAAGAGAUUCAAGCUGGAAUCAUACAAUGGAUUUUCCUUGUUUCACUUAUCACUCUUGUUUACACUAAAGUAAGGGACGAAAUCACAAUUUAUGAGGUAUUUGCUUUGCUUUUGAUAUUGGUUUGUCAACAUGUUCUGAGUCCAGAUGUUGCUAUACCACUAAAAUUGACUAUAAUAACAUCACUAGCAACCGUACGUACAACAGACCCCACAGUAUUCGAUCAAUUCAAGUUUAAGAGAAUGAGUCAAGACAACAGAUUUAUCUUAGUGGAUAUUGUGAUAUAUUUAGUCAGGUUUAUAAUACUUCCGCAUGCUAUAAUCAUGUGUUUCAUGUUUAUGGUGGGUUUAGCUCUGAUCUUGGGAACAAUUAUCAGCGUCAGGUCGUGGUCAGAUGUGCUUAUAGCUUGUCACGUGGCUCCUGGAGUCACAAUCGGGGCUUCUGCAUUCAUAUUCAUAUUCAAUAAAAUGAUUAGAUGUACAUUUUUAAUACACACACUUGUGUCAUUUCUAUGUUGUACCGUUGGGGCGACACUUUCAAUGGCGUUUGUGAAUGUGUUCGGUGGGAUGAUGACAAUAAUUCUGCUAAUAUUAGGAUUUACAAUGGCAUAUUGCUAUUUGAAGAAUGAAAUAAUCAAAAAUAUACUUUUGUUAAAUGUUUUUAUACUGUUUUUUUCAUGGGCUUGUGUGCUCACUGGUUCAGUCACUCAGUCGAUUUUCAUGUUAGCAUUGAGUUUUCUCAAGGUAAUUAUAGAAAACCUGAUUAGUUCUUACUUGUUUAAUGUAGCAUUACUGUUCAGUUCGUUAAUAGUAAUUUGGAGAAGGCAGAAUGCAUCAGAUUAAGUCACCAAUAGCAACUAAAUCCCAAAUAACAGAUUGUUAUGUAUAUAUUUUAGCUAAUAAUUGUUGCUAUGACUUCUGGAUGAAAACAUCUGAUAAUUGACCAUUCUUCUGCAGACAAACCAAUGCAGUUUUCCUGGAAAUAAUUCAGAUCAUGUUGCUGUUGUGAUUUCAACCAGUGGUGCAGAUCAGAAGUUCUCAUCUGGAGAUUUAACUGUAAAUAAAUAUAAAACAGACCGUGUGAAACUUGCAAAUAUCAGUUAACAAAUUUUAUUUCUGGUGUCACAUCAAAACCCAGCAAUCAUCUGAUCAGAUACUGUAGACUCAGUUAAAAUAUUGCUGUGCAUUAAGUGUUCACUCGGUAGUAACCGAGAUUAAUUAUGUUUUAGAUGUUUUACAGUUCAGAAAUGUAAGAUUGUUUACAAACUGAGAGUUUAUGACCUUGUUUUAAAUAAAAUGGCAUCUGUAGGCAAAGACUGAUUUCAUCAUUCGUUUUCAUUGUACAUAAAGUCUAGAAAGACUAAGAAAGAAAGUCAUACAUGUUUGGAAUGAUAUGAAGGUGAAUAAAUUAUGACAAAUUUCCAUUGUGAACUAUUGCUUUAAAAACAACCACUCAUGGCGCUUUCACUUUCCAAAUCACUUCAUCCAAUCAUUAUUAGUGUUAAUAUUAAACGUCAGUGUCAGUCUCCUAACAACCACCGCAAGCACAGGAAAUAAAGGUGGAAAAGAACAAACAUGGAAGGCUUUAGCUAAUCGCCUGAUUUAGAUAGAAUUACAUCAAAAGCACCGUCGAUAUCAUAUAACACGGUAAACAAAGAAUCCAGCGUCUUUUUAAAGCUGAUAUGCACAACAAGAUCAAGACGGCAUCAGAGUUCCUCACAAAUGCAGGAACAUUUGGAGUAUCAAUUUAUAAGUAGCACAGAUAAAUAAAUUGAAUAAUUACUUCAUAAUAAUUAAUGUUUCUUAGACUUUAGACAAACUUUUCUUCAGAUUGUAAAAUGAAAUUAAUGAAGACUAAAUCAAACUGGCUCCUCAUACUGAUUAUCGCAUUUCACAUCACGUCUUCAGAAGCUUCUCAUGAUGAUGACGUGAGAAUCCUGAUUGUGGGAAUCCGAGGUGACUCCAGAUUCAGCGCUGCAGAUAUUCUGUCAGGAAGGACAGACGGUGGACAGGAGGACAGAGAGAUUGUAAAGACUCCAGUAAUUACAGACGAGGGUCGUAGAAUGAUGCUGGUCACUGGACCAAACCUCUGUGAGGAGGACACAGCGAGACAGAGCUUCACAACAGCGCUGUUCCUCUCGUCUCCUGGACCUCACGCCGUUUUAAUGGUCCUGAAUCUGGAAGAUGAAGAAUCAGAACAGUGUGAUGUUGUGAAACGAGCCCAGGAGCUGCUGGGAGCAGAAGUUCUGCAGUACUGCAUUGUUCUUCUGCACCAGGAACGUUUCACAGGAGCGUCCAGAGGGAUCGCUGGAGAAAUGAUCGACGCAUGUGGAGGCAGAUUUCACAUGAUAAGAGACUCUGAACCUGAUCAAACGGCAGCUCUCGUAGAAAUAGAAAUAGACAAGUUAGUUUGGCUCAAUGGUGAUGGAUUUUACUCAGUAUUGAAUGAAACACAACAGUUAGAAGCUGAAAGGCUGGAGCUUUUGAAAAGACUGAAAGAAAUAGAGAAAAUAUUUAAAGAAAAAGCCAAUCAAUAUGUAAGUGAAGAGAAUCCGCUCCCGUCUGUAUCAUAUGACUCUUCAGGAGGAACAGCUGGAAUUGUAACUUUGAUUUUCCUUGUUUCAUUCAUCGCUUUUGUUGUUCACCGUGAAGCGAGGCACAAAUAUUUGAACUUUGGGGCAAAAUUUGCAGCACUUGUAUUGCUUAUGGUCUAUCUAAGACAUGUUCUGAGUCCAUAUGUUGCUGUACCGCUAAAUUUGGCCUUGAUAACAUCACUAGCAGCUGUACUCACAGACCCCACAUCAGUAACAGAACAAAGAGAGUUUAGCGAGAGUCAAAACAUCAGGGAUGUUAUAGGGAAUAUCACAGUAUAUUUUGCUACGUUGCUAAAACAUUAUUGCACAUUAAUCAUGCAUUUAUCAUUUAUUCAGGGUUCAGCUCUGAUCUUUGGAACAAUUAUCAGCGUCAGGUCGUGGUCAGAUGUGCUCAUAGCGUGUUACGCAGCUCCUGGAGUCACAGCUGGGGCUUAUGCAUUCAUAUUUCAACAUGAAAACAUUGGCCGUAAACCUCCAGUCUUUGCGCUCGUGUCCUUUCUGUAUUGUUCAGCCGGUGCAACACUUUCAGUGGUGUUUCUGAAAGGGUUAGGUGUGACGAUAACAAUUAUUCUGCUAAUAACAGGAUUCAAACACCAUGUUUCAAUGAGUAAAACUCAAUGGAAAGUGAUCUGUUUAACUGUUUCUACACUAGUUUUGCUUUGUGGUUUUGCACUCUUGUGUUCAGUCUCUCUUAUUUUAGGAACGAUGACGAAUUUGAAUAGUUAUUCUAAAAAAUUGGUCACCUCUACUUGUUUUAUGUAGCAUUACUGUUAGUUUCGGUAAUAGAAAUUUGGAGAAGGAAAACUACCAGUUCAGGAACAGAAACUUGAUCACAAAUGAUAUAUUAUAAAGUAUAUACUUUAGAUAUCAUUGUUGCUAUGAUCUGUUAGAUCUGGAUGAAAUCAUCUGUUAAAUGACCAUUUACUUCUUCUGCAGACAAACCAAUGCUGAACUUUUUAUCUGGAGAUUUAACUGUAAAUAAAUAUAAAACAGCCACUUUAAAACUUGCAAAUAUCAGUUAACAAAUAUUAUUUCUGGUGUCACAUCAAAACCCACCAAUCAUCUGAUCAGAUACUGUAGAUUCAGUUAAAAUAUUGCUGUGCAUUAAGUGUUCACUCACUAUAACAGAUUAAUUCAGUUCAGAAAUAUAAGAUUAUUUACAAACUGAGAGUGUAUAACCUUGUUUUAAAUAAAACGGCAUUUCUUAACUAUGUGAAUGUCAGCAGAGACUCAUUUUAACAAUUCAUUUUCAUUGUUUAUAAAGGAUCAGCAUGAAGAUCCUGCUAAACAUCUUUUGUGUUUGACUAAAGAAAGAAAGUCAUACAUGUUUGGAACAAUAUGAGGGUGAAUAAACAUUUUGAGUGAACUAUUGCUUUAAAAACAACCACUCAUGGCGCUUUCACUUUCCAAAUCACUUCAUCCAAUCAUUAUUAGUGUUAAUAUUAAACGUCAGUGUCAGUCUCCUAACAACCACCGCAAGCACAGGAAAUAAAGGUGGAAAAGAACAAACAUGGAAGGCUUUAGCUAAUCGCCUGAUUUGGAUAGAAUUACAUCAAAAGCACCGUCGAUAUCAUAUAACACGGUAAACAAAGAAUCCAGCGUCUUUUUAAAGCUGAUAUGCACAACAAGAUCAAGACGGCAUCAGAGUUCCUCACAAAUGCAGGAACAUUUGGAGUAUCAAUUUAUAAGUAGCACAGAUAAAUAAAUUGAAUAAUUACUUCAUAAUAAUUAAUGUUUCUUAGACUUUAGACAAACUUUUCUUCAGAUUGUAAAAUGAAAUUAAUGAAGACUAAAUCAAACUGGCUCCUCAUACUGAUUAUCGCAUUUCACAUCACGUCUUCAGAAGCUUCUCAUGAUGAUGAUGUGAGAAUCCUGAUUGUGGGAAUCCGAGGUGACUCCAGAUUCAGCGCUGCAGAUACUCCACGAAUGUUUGAAUUUUGGUGCAAAAUUUGCAGCACUUGCAUUGUUUAUGGUCUUUCUAAGACAUGUUCUGAGUCCAGAUGUUGCUGUACCGCUAAAUUUGGCCUUGAUAACAUCACUAGCAGCUCUACUUACAAUACAGAACAUAGCAAUCAUAGAAUGCAUUAUGUCUGACACGUCAGAUUUAUCACACAUCACACUGAAAAUCAUCUCAAAAUGUUUCAUAAUGCAAACACUUCCAUACACUGUAAUCAUGUUUUUAACAUUUCUGGUGGGUUCAGCUCUGAUCUUUGGAACAUUUAUGAGCAUCAGGACGUGGUCAGAUGUGCUCAUAGCGUGUUACGCAGCUCCUGGAGUCACAGUCGGGGGAUUUGCAUUCUCAUUUUUCACAAUUUCAUUUAAAUACAAUGAAAAUAAUUGCCAUGAAUCUCCAGUCUUUGCACUUGGGUCAUUUCUGUGUUGUUCAGUUGGAGCGACACUUUCAAUAGAGUUUGUGAAUGUGUUUGGGAAGAUGACAAUAAUACUAAUAAUGUUAUUUACAAUGGCAUGUUUCCAUAUGAAAACAAAAACACUAGAGAACAUAUUCUGGAUAACUGUCCUUACACUGUUUUUUUCAUGUGGUUGUGUGCUUAUUGGUUCAGUCUUUCUUAUUUUAGGGUUGGUGAUGAGUUCAUUGGUCGAAUAUAUAAUUUCCAAUGGUUUUUCUAGAUUAGACUCUUAUUCCUCGUCUGGGAUCAUGUAGAGCUCUUUGAAGCUGCACUGAAACUGACAUUUGGAUCUUCAACACGUUGAACCCCAGUGAAGUCCACUAUAUGGAGAAAAAUUUCUUUUUCGACUGAAGAAAGAAAGACAUGAACAUCUUGAAUGACAUUAUGGUGAGGAAAUUUUCAUUCUGAAGUAAACUAAUACUUUAAUUCGCUUGUAUUUAAUAUAUAUAGACUUUCUUUCAGAGGUCCUUUUGAGCUUUCACUGCAGAAGUUUUUCCUCUAACUUUGUAAAUGUGUUAAUGAUGUUAUGACAUGGAUUUUGUUUUAUUAUUUUAAUAUGUUCCUUGAGUUACACUUUUAAGGUUAAUAAAGUUUUUUUUUCACACAAAAAAACAAAUAUAUAUAUGCAGAAAAACAAUUAUUUUCAACCUUCAUUCUGACCCUCUGUCUGAAAUGAUCUAUUUUUAAGGCGUGGCUCCUUUAAGGUUUGUCAGUAAACGGCCACUGUUAUGAUUGGUUAACAUCAUUAGCAUAAGACAAAGUAUCAAUGCUCACUUGCUAUUGCACGCGAGUACAUGUUUUGAAAACAAUAUCCAUAUAAAACGUCUCGGGUUACUGGUGUAACCCUUGUUCCCUGAGUAAGGGAACAAGACACUACGUCGAAUGACGUGAUGGGAACCCUCUGUAUGAUGCACAUCUGUAUCCAACCAAUGAUGAGACGAGAUGUCAGAGGCGGGUGACAUCACAGACCAGGAAACUAUAAAGCAUACCCAGAACAAAGAACGCCAGCUUCUGGAAUAUGGCUGAAGCAAGACGCUCACAGGACAGACCAGGUUACAAGAUGAAAUUACCAAGACAAAACCAAACUGGAACCUCAUACUGAUUCUUGCAUUUCACAUGACAUCUUCAGAAGCUCCUCAUGAUGAUGACGUGAGAAUCCUGAUUGUGGGAAUCCGAGGUGACUCCAGAUUCAGCGCUGCAGAUAUUCUGUCAGGAAGGACAGACGGUGGACAGGAGGACAGAGAGAUUGUAAAGACUCCAGUAAUUACAGACGAGGGUCGUAGAAUGAUGCUGGUCACUGGACCAAACCUCUGUGAGGAGGACACAGCGAGACAGAGCUUCACAACAGCACUGUUCCUCUCGUCUCCUGGACCUCACGCCGUUUUAAUGGUCCUGAAUCUGGAAGAUGAAGAAUCAGAGCAGUGUGAUGUUGUGAAACGAGCCCAGGAGCUGCUGGGAGCAGAAGUUCUGCAGUACUGCAUUGUUCUUCUGCACCAGGAACGUUUCACAGGAGCGUCCAGAGGGAUCGCUGGAGAAAUGAUCGACGCAUGUGGAGGCAGAUUUCACAUGAUAAGAGACUCUGAACCUGCUCAAACAGCAGCUCUCGUAGCGGAAAUAGACAAGCUAGUUUGGCUCAAUGGAGACGGAUUUUACUCAGUAUUGACACACGAGUUAAAAACAGAAGAGACGAGUGAAGAUGUGCAUGAAGAGAUUCAGCUCUUGUCUGUAAUAUAUGACACUUUAGGAGGAGCAGCUGGAAUUAUAGCAUGGAUUUUCCUCAUUUCACUUACCGUACUUGUUAUUUACACUAAAGGAAAUUACAAAAUCUUGAUUUUGGGGGCAAAAUUUGCUGUAAUUGUAUUGUUUAUGGUCUAUCUAAGACAUGUUCUGAGUCCAGAUGUUGCUGUACCACUAAAUUUGGCCUUGGUAUCAUCACUAGCAACUAUAUUUACAAUAGAUCAUAGAGUAAUCGACGAUUUUAAGUUUAGCAGUGGUAACAUCAGAGAUAUCAUAGGAGAAUCCAUAAUAUAUAUUUUCAUUUAUCUAAUACGUCUUUGUGCAGCAAUUAUGUGUCUACCAUUUCUUCAGGGUUCAGCUCUGGUCUUUGGGACAAUUAUCAGCGUUAGGACGUGGUCAGAUGUGCUCAUAGCGUGUCACGCGGCCCCUGGAGUCACAGUUGGGGCUUUUGUGUUCUCUUCAUUUUGCAAUAAGAAUAUUGAUCAUGAAUUUCCAGUCUUUGUGCUCGGGUCAUUUCUGUGUUGCAUCAUUGGGGCGACACUCUCAAUGGGGUUUGUGACUGUGUUUGCUCUGCUUGAUGUGAAGAUGACAAUAAUUCUGCUAACAUUAGGAUUUACAAUGGCAUAUUUCUAUUUAAAAAACGAAACGCUAGAGACUGUAAAGAUCCUAAUUGUUAUUACACUGGUUUUUCCAUGUGGUUGUGUGCUCAUUGGUUCAGUCUUUCUUAUUUUAGGGUUGGUGAUGAGUUUUCUCAAAACAAUUAUACAAAACUUGGUCAGUUCUUACUUGUUUUAUGUUGCAUUAUUUUUAGGAUUGUUAAUAGUAAUUAGGAGAGGAAACGGCAACACCACCAGAUGACAGUAUAUAGUCUGUGUGUGUGUGUUUAUAUAAUAUACACACAAAUACAUAUAUAUUUUACAUUUGUAUAAAUUUAACAGGAAAAAAGCAAUUGACCACGAAAUGGCUAAUAGUGAUGAUGUGACUACUGUCUACAUAUGGGUGGCAAUACUGUGUUUUAUCUAGGUAAUUGAUCAACAGAAUCCAGUUGCAUGGUAUGUUCAUGUCCAAAACAUGGUAAUAUCAUGGUAUUUUAAAUGCUUGUUAAAUGUACUGAAACUGUUUGGUUUGAAAAUAUCUUUACCUGCAGGAUUCAUAGAGUCAUGCAGAUGUUAAACUUAAUAAAGACCUUCUUCACUGCCAUUGAUUGUAAUGGAUUCUGAGUAAAUAUUCCACUUCAUCCAGGGCUAUUUGUGCCCUACAGUAAUCUGCUAAUGUACCGAGUGUGAACCUGUUACAAACGAUUCAGUUCGUGAGUGAGCUGCUAUCCAAAUGAUUCAGACUGAAUCGCCAACCGAAUCAGACCAUUUUGCUAUUCAAAAAGAACCGAUUCAAAAUAGCGAUUCGUUCGCUAGUUCUGAUUACACACGUACGUCAGAAAAUACGCGAUACACGACACCACUGGUGAAAUAUUGUAAGUGACAGUGUUUCUCAUUCAGUAUACGGUAAUAUUUAUCGUCAAACAAGGAUAUUACCGUAAUAUUUUACCGGGAUACAGCAGUAUUUUCCUAAGGCGCUCAACGGUUCAAAGUUCAGUUGGACGGCCGCCAGUGAUUGACAGCUACACUUUCAAGCUCCGCCCAUUUGGAGAUAUGAUUGGUUAGGAAA